AUGGCACACCUAGUAACAUCACAGAAGAUCGAUAGAAAUAACACAAUGCUAAGGUGGUAUUGUAGUGCGUACAGAGCUUUGUGCAGGGCACAUCUCUCGACUGCUGAGUGUCUAUCUUCUUUUGACUCAGCUGUUUCUUAUUUGAAAGUAUGUCGCCUCGGAAAUGGUGCUCGUGUUUUCUAUGAUGAUUGCGACCUCAGGUAUGAGAACAAAAACUUCUACGAUGACGCUAUCAUGAGAACUAGUACUAUUGGAAUAUGUGGAAAUACUACAUCUUCGCAUCCAAAGGAACAAAAGAAAACAGCAAGUGGGUUUCUUUCAGAUCUUCGGACAGUAAUACCAAGAAUACCAAGUUACUUUGCUGCUUCCACCAGACAAAUUACUGGAACCAAUCAAACAGUGUAUGCCAUUGCACAAUGUGGCCCCAACAUAACCCAAAGUAUGUGUGAAGAAUGUUUAGAGAUCAGACUUAGAUUAUUACAUAAUUGUCUUCCUAGUACAUCAGGAAAAGCGAUUGACGAUGGAUGUUUUAUGAGGAUAUUCAAGAAAUUUGAGACCCUUAUAGGCGGAGUUGUUGGUGGUAUAGGAUUUCUUUUGGUCAUACUUGCAUUCUUCUUCUGGCGUAGUCAAUCCAAAAAGUCAAAACACCGCAGAGAAGAUAAUUACUCAAGUGGAACAACCGACUUGUUGCAGAGGACAACUGUUUAUACCUACAAUGAUUUAAAAACGGCUACAAAUAACUUUUCGAAUGAAAAUAUAAUCGGAGGCGGGUUUAACAUGUUGUAUAAGUUCCCGCCAGAGAGGUUUCGAGACGACAUGUCGUCGGCACAAUUAUCCAGGUCAAACGAUUUUGGUCAAAGUUGGCAAAACUUGUGGCGACGACUAGUCGUCGGCGUAGGGGAGUUUAUAGCGACGACAUUUGUCGUCGGUAUAGGUGUCGUCACCAUAGCCAUGUAUUCCCGUAGUGAUUCUGCUGAUCUAAUGAAAUAA